CUGUCAGUGGACUCCAGUGUAUCGGCGCCACUUAGCCUGGACAGCCUCGGCCCAGCUGCCCAGGCCCGGGUGAGAGCAGCCCCGCCGGACACACGGAGCGCCCUCUCCUCCACGCGACGGCAGCCGGAGCCCAGCGACAGGAGCCAGGACGGGCACUCCGACCCGCCUCUGCCAAGCAGCCGUGCCGCGGAAGAUUCUUUGGUUAGCAGCACCACCUUAUCGGAGAUCCGCAAAGUACUGUCUCACGCUGACAACCUGGUGUCCACGGGGUCCUCGGCGGGACCGAGUUGUCACUCCGACGAGGAUUUAUUCCUCUCGCUGCCGACGAAAGCGUCCACCUCCGCAGACCCCAGAAGCUACACCUCGCUGCGCUGGGCCAGGUCCCAACCAGACCCGGCGCAGAGCCCCCUCGGCCGAGAGGCCUCUGAUCACUCCCCCUCGCAGCCUACGCCGGCUCCACCCACUGCCACCGUCCCCUCCCAAUCGGCCCGCCGGACAGAGCCCGAAGGCUGCAGCGCCGCGCCGCCCGACAAAGUCCCGGCCCAGCCGCCCCCAUCAGCCCCCCCGACUCCGGCAGACGGAGGGGGGGCCCCGGAGGAGGGAGAGAGGCCGACUACCAGGGUCCCCGCCCAGAGCGGCCCGUCCUCGCCCAUCCCGGAGGAAGCCGACCCGGAGGACGCUGACCCGGGAGCGGUGAGCGACGGGAGCAGCGAGAGCUCGCUGGCGGUCAGGGUGGCCAGGCUGCUGCAGAGUGGAUCUCCAUCCACCAUGGUGUCCAGCACAGACCAGGAGGAAAGUAAAGCCAGAGAGUGGAUCAAGCUGAAGAUUUCGGGACAGCAGUGUGAGCCUCUGGAGCUGGACAUCGAAGACAGAAGGCGGAUCGAGGAGAUCAAGAAGGAGCUGCUGUUAAGAAACCCUAUGAAGCCUUCUGCCUCUGGACAGUGUAGGUCUCAUAUUCAAGGUAACCGAGUGGACAGAGAGCAGGAGCCGGCUCGGUCCAGCCGGACGGGCUCCCUCCUCAGCGACGCCAGCAGCCGGCGGGGCGGCGCCGCCGGCCCCCCGGACUCUGACCGGCAGCUACGGAAGACACUCCACUCUGAUCUGGAGGCUGCCGUGUGUGAGAUCGCAGCUCGAGAAGGAGUGCUGCUCCCUGCCAGGCGGCCUCCGGCCCCCCCCGCGUCCAUCUCGCCCUCGCCCUCCUCCGCUCCGUCCUCCAGCCCAGCCCUGGAGCCGCUCCACCUGACGGAGCUCUCCACGGGGAGACCCCUCGUAGCCGAUGCCCCGCCCACCUCUUAUCUGGAUGGAGGAUGUGGGACCGGAUUAACAGCACCAGCGGCCACGGAACCGCCGCCUGUGUGUGGACAGAGUGGUAGUUUCCAUCCAGGCGAUCAAAGCGGGGCGUCUCAGUCUGUUUCGGGGAGGCAGAUGAGGGAGGACACAGCGGGCGGUGGGCGUGAAGCACCGCCCCCACUCGUACAAAGUACAGAUGAAGAAGAUGAGAACGUGAAAACUACGGGCUCCUUCAAACAUCUGGAAAACUUCCCUGUCCAGAGCACACCCGCUCGGGCCUUUGCUCCCUCCUCUGUCGGGACAGGCCACGCCUCCCGCGCCCGCCUGCCUCAGUCCCUCCAAACCGCUCGCCACACCAGCUCCCCCGCCGUCUCGCUGCCACCUCGCGGAGCCGCCGCCCUCCCCGGAGACUCCUCCUCAGCCGCCAGCAGCCCGGACGAAGGCGUGGGCUCGUGCAGCCCGGCCGAGUGGUGCGACACCAGAGAGCGCGCCGGGCGGGGGGCGUUUAAAGCCGUUAGAGCCACGCAGCCCGUCGCACCGCCCCACAAAACCGAGGCACCGCCACCAUCACUCUACACAGCUGCCCCCGCCCCCGUGCUGCUGCCCUACAAACCUCGUGGCAGCGAGGAGCUCUUCUACGUCCCUCAGAGAAAAGCUGACAUCUCCUCCACAGUACCGUCGGACACCACCAUGGAGAGCUCCCACACAGGCUCGGACGACGCCGUGCCCCCACGCUUCAGCAGCGAGGUCCUCGGGCACCAGGACCCGGGGCUGGACCGCGGGGUCACAUUCAGGCACACAGACGGCAUCUACAGCAAGAGGCUGAGAACCAGCACCCUGAGAAUGCAAGGAGCUGGACGACAGGAGCGCCCCCCCCCCAGCAGCCAGAAAGUCUCCACCAUAGACCAGGGGACGAGCCCCAUCCGGCCCCUCCAGAGAGAGCAAACUCAGCCGGACGCUGAGCGGUACCAGCCGCUCCGUGAGGCGGAAAGGGGGCAAACGCCUGUCCCCCGGACCCGGGGGGAGCCGGACCGGGAGGCGGCCAGCGGCAGCCUGGACGGGCUGUGGCAGAAGUUCUGCGGUCAGUGGGAGGAGGAGGAGUCCCGUCCGAGCGACGCCUCACUGCUGGAGCGGCUGGAACGCCUGUCCCGCCUCCUUCACGGCACCAAGGCGCCGCAGGCCGGGGGGGGCGGCGGACGGAGAAGGAGGACGGAGGCUGGGGAGAACUCGCCAUUGGAGGGCGGCGGGUCGGAGGACCUGACGGCCUCGUCCGGCUCCAUGUCCACCGUCGACACCGCGCGGCUGGUCCGGGCCUUCGGAGCCCACAAAGUCCAGCCCCUGACCAGCGGCUCCAGCCUCAGUAAGCUGUACAGCACCAUCAGCAAGCAGAGAGAGGACAGAGAGGGCCGGAGGGGAAGAAACAAAGACCCCCCCCGCGCCGCAACGCCGUCAGAGAGCUCUGCCACCGACCACUGGGUAGCGUACUUUUCAUCUUUUCUAAAAUCCGGGGGGUUAAUCAGAGCUUGUCCUCAGGUCGCCCCCGAGUCGGCGUCAUCAUCCAGCACCCACACUCUGCUGUCAGACCGCGGGCCGUCCAGGCUGCUGGCUGCCAAAAAAGCCGUUCGGCUGGAUUUGAUUAUUAUCUUUCUUGAAGGUGAGCUGGAGAUUGUUUGUAACGGGACGCGGCGACACACCAGAGACGUGGGGACCACCUUCCCCUCGCCGGGUGGGAGCGGGCGGUCCGGGCCCGCCUCCUCGUCCUCGUCCAGCACGCCGAGGGGAGAAACGGGGCGGAGGAGCCCUUCCAAGUCUCUGGGCGUCCAAAAGCAGAGGAAGAACAAGAGGAGCCCCUCCAAGCCUUUCCCUGAAGGUAGAGUGAAGGGAAAUUAG